UCUUGGAUCCUCUCCUAACACACCUCCUUUCUAUUGUUUCAUUGUUCUCUUCUCUACAGAAUAAGUCUUCCAUCUUUCUUCACUUAAUGGGAAACUAUGCUUCUUCCGCUCUAAGCAAAACCUCGUCCUCGUUGUCUUCUUCAUCGGCGGCGAGAGUGAUUCUCCCGGACGGUGAAGUCCGUCGUAUUCACGAACCAACUAAAGCCGCAGAGCUUAUGAUGGAGAUUCCUAGCUUCUUCCUCGUCGACGCCAAGUCGUUAAAAAUAGGCCGUAAGCUCAACCCUUUAGCCGCCGAUGACGAUCUUGAACUCAGAGGCUGCCAAGUGUACGUAACUUUCCCCAUGGCCCGUGCCACGUCAGCAGCCAACGCUUCGGACAUGGCUAGGUUAUUCGCAGCCGCCAAGAAACAGCAACGCCGUCGUGUCGGAGUCAAGUCUUCCCGUGUCGGAACAGCCGUGAAACAUUGUCACAACGGAAGGGUGUCGCCGGACGGAGAAGUGGAAGACGUCGGGGUGAUGUGGGCGGGAUCAAAGCUGAGAUUGGAAGAUAUCGAAGAGUUUUCAGCGGCGGAGUUUAUGCAUAGGAUCUCGAUAUCAAAAUCUAAGAAGCCAAAGUUAGAAACUAUAGAUGAAGAAUCUUUGUCUUAACGUACACAAAAUCAAACAAAUAUGGCAAUUUGAUUUUCUUUUUUUUCUUUUUCAAAGGUGAUUUUUCUUUUGUGUAUUAUUUUUUGUUCAUUCAUCCUCCCUGCGCAAGUGGGUUUUUCUCUUUUUGUGGAAUUAAUCAACAGCAAGAGACAUUCGAGAAUGAACAUGUGAACUUUUCGAAAACAAA